AUGUCUGCAUAUAUAGAAGUUGGUUUCUGUAAUAUAAAAGGUAGUUGCAGAUUUUCUACUGCUAAGAUUUGUUUUGCUCAGAAUGUAACGAGGAAGAACCACUGGACACGCUUUACUUUCAGAGCUCAUCAAUCUGAAGCUGUUGAACACGAGAAACGCUUUUUUUCUCUCCCAAGGCCCACAUCGGAAGAUAGUGUAAGAUUAUUUGUUGGGCUACCCCAAGAUGCUGUUUCUCUUGGCAGGAAUACAAUAAACAAAACUAGAGCAAUUGUAGUUGGCUUGAAAGCUUUGAAGCUUUUAGGAGUUGAGGGGGUGGAGCUCCCAAUUUGGUGGGGAAUUGUUGAGAAGGAUGUCAUGGGAAAAUAUGAUUGGUCAAGAUAUCUUGCCAUUGCUGAGAUGGUUCAAAUACUGGGUCUCAGGCUCCAUGUCACACUUUGCUUUCAUGGAUCAAAAGCACCAAACAUUCCACUACCAAGGUGGGUGUCCCAGAUUGGUGAAUCUCAACCCAACAACAUCUUCUUUACAGAUAGGGCAGGACAUCAUUAUAAAGAAUGCCUCUCACUGGCAGUUGAUCAUCUUCCUGUUCUUCAUGGGAAGACUCCAGUCCAAGUCUACCACAGUUUUUUUGAGAGCUUUAAGCUUUCAUUCUCCUCAUUCUUGAGCUCCACAAUAACAGGUAUUACCAUUGGUUUAGGACCAAAUGGUGAGCUAAGAUAUCCAUCUCACAAUCAGCUACCUUCUAAUCACAAAACUAAAGGAGUUGGAGAAUUUCAAUGUUAUGACCAAAACAUGCUCAACUUUCUAAAGAAACAUGCUGAUGAAUCUGGAAAUCCUCUAUGGGGGCUUGGUGGUCCACAUGAUGCCCCUACCUAUGAUCAGUCACCAAACUCCAAUAGCUUCUUCAAGGAUGGGGGUUCUUGGGAGUCUGCAUAUGGGGACUUCUUCCUUUCCUGGUAUGCUGAACAACUUAUAACUCAUGGAGAAAGUCUCCUCUCAUUGGCAACUUCAACUUUCAGUGACACUGGAGUGCAUGUGUAUGGAAAAAUCCCACUUGAGCAUUGUUGGUACAUGACACAUUCUCAUCCAUCUGAGCUAACAGCAGGGUUCUACAACACAAUUAAGAGGGAUGGCUAUGAACCAGUUGUGAAGAUGUUUGCUAGUAACUCCUGCAAAAUGUUAUUACCUGGACUGGACAAGUCAGCUGCAUGCCAACCACAUGAACCACUUUCCAGCCCUGAGAUGCUACUUGAACAAAUUAUGGAAACUUGUAGAAUCCAUGGAGUGAAGGUUUCAGGACAAAAUACAUCAGAGUCUGGUGCUCUAGGGGGAUUUGAACAAAUCAAGAAGAUUUUGUGUGCAGAUAAUGUGUUGGACUUGUUCAUUUACCAGAGAAUGGGAGCUUGUUUCUUUUCACCAAAACAUUUUCCUUCAUUCACUCAGUUUGUUAGGAGCCUUAAUCCUAAGGAAUUGCAUUCAGGUGAUGAGAAAGAAGUAGCUGAUUCACCAACUAAAAACCCAGAAUCAAGUGUGGGCCUUUGGCCCAAACCAUGUCUAUCAAGCAAUGGUCCAAUGGUGCUAUUAAGCAAGGUGCUGAAUCCCUACAAAUACAAUAGCUGUGAUGCAGAACCCUAA